AUGGAUGUGUGUCGUCCAGUAUAUACACCACUUGAACCAAGCUUUCAAGUCAAUUGUAAUGAAAGCAACUGUCGAAAGGUCAACGCAGCUGAGUAUCAGAGUCUAAUCGGUUCACUAAUGUUUAUCGCGGUGAACACAAGACCGGACAUGUUACACUCGGGGUGCAAAUUAGCGCCGCGAAAUUCCGAUCCACAUUGUGAACAUCUUGCAGCGGCAAAGCAUGUUUUGCGAUACCUGAAAGCGACUAUAAAUUUGAAGUUGCACUACAGAAAAACUGGCGAGUGGAUGAAGGGUUAUGUAGAUGCCGAUUGGGGURGUGACGCAACAGACCGCAAGUCAUAUACAGGCUAUGCAUUUUUCUUUGGUGGCAGCGUUUUUAGUUGGGAGUCUAGAAAGCAACCAACAGUGGCUUUGAGCAGCACGGAAGCCGAGUAUAUGGCGCUCUCAGCAGCAGCGAAAGAAUCUGCUUAUUUAAAUAAGUUGUGGACAGAAAUGAAAAUGUUAUUAUGA